AUGUCGAAAGAAUACAAGAAGAGUGUCUCGCCGGAAGAUCAGGCCCAGAUCAAUGAGUUUGCGAGAGAACACAAGUGUCUCGUCGACUUGAAGGUAAAAAUAAUGUCUUAGUUUAAUCAACUUUAAGGGUGAAUACAAGAACUUGGAAAAGGAAAAGGCCAACUACGACGAUGCCAGCGAUGAGUUACUGAUUUUGGACGAGACUGAUGGCCCUUUUGCUUACAAAUUCGGAGAGUCCUUCAUUUAUCUUGAGCAUGAUGAAGUCACUGAGAAAUUGGAAGUGGCUAGUUCUGCAUGUGAAAAAAGAAUGGAGGUAUAUAAGACACAGAUUGAUCAGGCCACUAAAAGAAGGGACCAGUUGAAGGAACAAUUACGCAGCAAAUUUGGAGAUAACAUUGGGCUGGAUGACGAUGAUGAUAGUUAA